AUGCUUCGCCCUUGUAUCAUCUUCUCCUUGCUGCUAAGCGGAAGGGCCUGCUCGUGGGAGUGGGCCGGAGUCUACCACGCCCAUGAAGCAGGCAUGCUGACAUGGACCUUUGAGAAGAAGCAAACUGCCAAUCAGUAUGCCGAUCCUUCUAUGAAAGUGGCCCUCCGAAGUACAAGCUCUGCCAGCGCUGCUGGCAUCACAGCUGUGCAAACCGCAGCGGAAGCUGAUCUCAAUGGCACUUUGACCACCGUGUCCAGUGGAGCAGUUCUGAGCUUGAACGCAGCCUACCAGCUCCAGUUUGAUGCAGAUUCUUGGAUCAGCAUUUUCAAGUUUCCUGUGGCAGCUGAAAGCAAUAUCGCGGUCUUUGCAGAGCACUUUCCUUCUGAGUUCAGUGACCAACUGUCUACCGUAAUCCGCAACGACCAUGCUGAAGAUCUGUCUCCUAGCCACACAAUGGCAUGUGACGAUCAUGAAGAGAGCACUUCCACAGACAGGAUUGGAGAGGUCAUUGCUGCAUCCCUGGUGACUGCGCUUCCAACUCUGUGCGGCGUAGCAUUGCUGGCCAUGUCCUGUUCAAGUGGCAGCCCAACGUUCAAAACGAUACUUCACUUUACCAACUCCCUUGCCGCUGGCAUUCUCCUGGCAGCCGCCUUGUUCCUCCUCAUGCCAGAGGCCAGUCACAUGCUUGCAGUUGGUAGAACUGAAGCUGAAGCUGCUGCAGCAUGGGGCAGCACCUGCAUCGCUGGUUGGCUACUAGGAGCGAUUUCUCACCUUGCUGGAGCGGUGGUGAAGAAGAAGUGUGGAGGGGACAGCGGAAGUGAGAACGAUACGAAGGCUGAGAACGAUACGAAGGCAGUUGCCAUAGGCGAUGAGAGAGAGAUGCCUCCAGCGAAAAGGAUGAUGUGGGUACUUGGGUUUCCCAUUUUUACUGGAAACUUCUUCUGCAACCUCGCAGAUGGCUUCGUUCUUGGGACAGCUUUCAAAGCGUGCAGCCCCAGCUUUGCAUGGAAGAUGGCCGGCAUUAUAAUUGCUCAUGAGCUUCCGCAAGAAAUUGCGGAUAUCUACACCUUGGUCUUCAAAGCUGGAAUGAAGUGGUGGCAGGCUACCCUCCUCAACUUUCUUUGUGGUUGUGCAGCGGUCCUAGGUGCAAUCGUUGCAUACUACGCAGACAUUCCCUCGGAGGCUGAGGGCGCAGUUCUGGCGCUGGCUGGCGGGGUUUUCCUCUAUGUGGCCCUCACUGAGCUGGCACCUUCGGUGAACCACACUCCGGAGUCAUCUUGGCCUUUGCUCACUGCAUGUGCGACAAUCACGAUUUUCAUUGCCAGAUUUGCGGAUCUUUGUGAGUUCAGCUUCGACAACGGGCCCAGGGGCCAAGCAGGGGUAUCGAUGGAACAUGCCACGGAAGGCUGGCAGAAGCCCUCAGAGGCUGAGGGCGCAGUUCUGGCGCUGGCUGGCGGGGUUUUCCUCUAUGUGGCCCUCACUGAGCUGGCACCUUCGGUGAACCACACUCCGGCCAGAUUUGCGGAUCUUUGUGAGUUCAGCUUCGACAACGGGCCCAGGGGCCAAGCAGGGGCGGCCGGGCAUUCGCCCCCGCUGCCCCGGCUACAGCGUCUUUGCUUCACUGCAACUCGGCUGAAGCGUCAGAAGCCGCGGAAGGGAGCAUACUUCGAAGAACUCGAGAUGCUUCGCCCUUGUAUCAUCUUCUCCUUGCUGCUAAGCGGAAGGGCCUGCUCGUGGGAGUGGGCCGGAGUCUACCACGCCCAUGAAGCAGGCAUGCUGACAUGGACCUUUGAGAAGAAGCAAACUGCCAAUCAGUAUGCCGAUCCUUCUAUGAAAGUGGCCCUCCGAAGUACAAGCUCUGCCAGCGUUGCUGGCAUCACAGCUGUGCAAACCGCAGCGGAAGCUGAUCUCAAUGGCACUUUGACCACCGUGUCCAGUGGAGCAGUUCUGAGCUUGAACGCAGCCUACCAGCUCCAGUUUGAUGCAGAUUCUUGGAUCAGCAUUUUCAAGUUUCCUGUGGCAGCUGAAAGCAAUAUCGCGGUCAUUGCUGCAUCCCUGGUGACUGCGCUUCCAACUCUGUGCGGCGUAGCUUUGCUGGCCAUGUCCUGUUCAAGUGGCAGCCCAACGUUCAAAACGAUACUUCACUUCACCAACUCCCUUGCCGCUGGCAUUCUCCUGGCAGCCGCCUUGUUCCUCCUCAUGCCAGAGGCCAGUCACAUGCUUGCAGUUGGUAGAACUGAAGCUGAAGCUGCUGCAGCAUGGGGCAGCACCUGCAUCGCUGGUUGGCUACUAGGAGCGAUUUCUCACCUUGCUGGAGCGGUGGUGAAGAAGAAGUGUGGAGGGGACAGCGGAAGUGAGAACGAUACGAAGGCUGAGAACGAUACGAAGGCAGUUGCCAUAGGCGAUGAGAGAGAGAUGCCUCCAGCGAAAAGGAUGAUGUGGGUACUUGGGUUUCCCAUUUUUACUGGAGACUUCUUCUGCAACCUCGCAGAUGGCUUCGUUCUUGGGACAGCUUUCAAAGCGUGCAGCCCCAGCUUUGCAUGGAAGAUGGCCGGCAUUAUAAUUGCUCAUGAGCUUCCGCAAGAAAUUGCGGAUAUCUACACCUUGGUCUUCAAAGCUGGAAUGAAGUGGUGGCAGGCUACCCUCCUCAACUUUCUUUGUGGUUGUGCAGCGGUCCUAGGUGCAAUCGUUGCAUACUACGCAGACAUUCCCUCGGAGGCUGAGGGCGCAGUUCUGGCGCUGGCUGGCGGGGUUUUCCUCUAUGUGGCCCUCACUGAGCUGGCACCUUCGGUGAACCACACUCCGGCCAGAUUUGCGGAUCUUUGUGAGUUCAGCUUCGACAACGGGCCCAGGGGCCAAGCAGGGGUAUCGAUGGAACAUGCCACGGAAGACUUCGAAGAACUCGAGAUGCUUCGCCCUUGUAUCAUCUUCUCCUUGCUGCUAAGCGGAAGGGCCUGCUCGUGGGAGUGGGCCGGAGUCUACCACGCCCAUGAAGCAGGCAUGCUGACAUGGACCUUUGAGAAGAAGCAAACUGCCAAUCAGUAUGCCGAUCCUUCUAUGAAAGUGGCCCUCCGAAGUACAAGCUCUGCCAGCGUUGCUGGCAUCACAGCUGUGCAAACCGCAGCGGAAGCUGAUCUCAAUGGCACUUUGACCACCGUGUCCAGUGGAGCAGUUCUGAGCUUGAACGCAGCCUACCAGCUCCAGUUUGAUGCAGAUUCUUGGAUCAGCAUUUUCAAGUUUCCUGUGGCAGCUGAAAGCAAUAUCGCGGUCUUUGCAGAGCACUUUCCUUCUGAGUUCAGUGACCAACUGUCUACCGUAAUCCGCAACGACCAUGCUGAAGAUCUGUCUCCUAGCCACACAAUGGCAUGUGACGAUCAUGAAGAGAGCACUUCCACAGACAGGAUUGGAGAGGUCAUUGCUGCAUCCCUGGUGACUGCGCUUCCAACUCUGUGCGGCGUAGCUUUGCUGGCCAUGUCCUGUUCAAGUGGCAGCCCAACGUUCAAAACGAUACUUCACUUCACCAACUCCCUUGCCGCUGGCAUUCUCCUGGCAGCCGCCUUGUUCCUCCUCAUGCCAGAGGCCAGUCACAUGCUUGCAGUUGGUAGAACUGAAGCUGAAGCUGCUGCAGCAUGGGGCAGCACCUGCAUCGCUGGUUGGCUACUAGGAGCGAUUUCUCACCUUGCUGGAGCGGUGGUGAAGAAGAAGUGUGGAGGGGACAGCGGAAGUGAGAACGAUACGAAGGCUGAGAACGAUACGAAGGCAGUUGCCAUAGGCGAUGAGAGAGAGAUGCCUCCAGCGAAAAGGAUGAUGUGGGUACUUGGGUUUCCCAUUUUUACUGGAGACUUCUUCUGCAACCUCGCAGAUGGCUUCGUUCUUGGGACAGCUUUCAAAGCGUGCAGCCCCAGCUUUGCAUGGAAGAUGGCCGGCAUUAUAAUUGCUCAUGAGCUUCCGCAAGAAAUUGCGGAUAUCUACACCUUGGUCUUCAAAGCUGGAAUGAAGUGGUGGCAGGCUACCCUCCUCAACUUUCUUUGUGGUUGUGCAGCGGUCCUAGGUGCAAUCGUUGCAUACUACGCAGACAUUCCCUCGGAGGCUGAGGGCGCAGUUCUGGCGCUGGCUGGCGGGGUUUUCCUCUAUGUGGCCCUCACUGAGCUGGCACCUUCGGUGAACCACACUCCGGAGUAUUCAAGGCUGCCCAAAAAAGGCGAGGCAUCAGCCUACAACCCUGAGGAUCACAAGAUCCAGGCCAGAUUUGCGGAUCUUUGUGAGUUCAGCUUCGACAACGGGCCCAGGGGCCAAGCAGGGGCGGCCGGGCAUUCGCCCCCGCUGCCCCGGCUACAGCGUCUUUGCUUCACUGCAACUCGGCUGAAGCGUCAGAAGCCGCGGAAGGGAGCAUGA